AUGGAUGAAGCUUUGAUCUCCACUAUUAACAAAUUGCAAGAUGCUUUGGCUCCUUUGGGCGGUGGUUCGCAAUCCCCUAUUGAUUUGCCUCAAAUAACUGUUGUUGGUUCUCAAUCUUCUGGUAAAUCCUCUGUUUUAGAAAACAUUGUUGGCAGAGAUUUCUUACCAAGAGGUUCUGGUAUUGUCACUAGAAGACCAUUAAUUUUACAAUUGAUCAACAGAAGAUCCCAUCCCAACAAAGUUGCUGCGACCAGUAAGGGCGACGAUUUAUUAGAUCUGGACAACAACGCCAAGAAGGACGAAGUUCAAGGCCAAUCUGAAGACAACAAAGAGGAAUGGGGUGAAUUUUUACAUAUCCCAAACAAGAAAUUUUACAAUUUUAAUGAAAUUAGACAGGAAAUUAUUAAUGAAACCAACAGAACAACCGGUAACAACGCUGGUAUUUCGCCUAUUCCAAUCAAUCUAAGAAUUUAUUCUCCAUACGUUUUAACUUUGACUUUAGUUGAUUUGCCAGGCUUAACAAAAGUUCCGGUAGGCGACCAACCACCUGACAUUGAAAGACAAAUUAAGGAUAUGCUUCUAACCUAUAUCUCGAAACCAAAUGCUAUUAUAUUAUCUGUUAACCCUGCUAAUGCGGACUUGGCCAAUAGCGAUGGUUUGAAGUUGGCUAAGGAGGUGGAUCCUGAAGGUACAAGAACCAUUGGCGUUUUAACUAAAGUGGAUUUGAUGGACCAAGGCACCGACGUCAUCGAUAUUUUGGCAGGCAGAAUUAUUCCUCUAAGAUAUGGUUAUAUUCCAGUCAUAAACAGGGGUCAAAAAGAUAUUGAUUCACACAAAACAAUCAGACAAGCUUUACAAGAUGAAAAGAAGUUUUUUGAAACACAUCCCGCUUACAGUUCCAAAGCUUAUUACUGUGGGACUCCUUACUUGGCUAAGAAACUAAAUUCUAUUUUAUUACAUCAUAUUAGACAAACAUUACCGGAUAUCAAGAACAAAAUUGAAAUUACGUUAAAGAAGUAUAGAGAGGAGCUUUCCAGUUUAGGCACUGAGGUUAUGGAUUCUCCAAAUUCUAUUAUCUUAAAUAUGAUCACCGAUUUUAGUAAAGAAUACACUGGUAUUUUAGAUGGUGAAGCCAAAGAACUAUCUAGCCACGAAUUAUCUGGUGGUGCUAGAAUUUCCUUUGUUUUCCACGAGAUUUUUAAGAAUGGUGUAUAUGCGUUGGAUCCAUUUGACCAGAUUAAAGAUUCUGACAUAAGAACUAUUAUGUACAAUAGCUCUGGUUCUGCUCCAUCUUUGUUUGUUGGUACUGAGGCAUUUGAAGUUUUAGUUAAACAACAAAUUCGCCGAUUUGAAGAACCCUCGUUGCGUCUAAUCUCCUUGGUUUUUGAUGAAUUAGUUCGUAUGCUAAAACAAAUCAUUUCCCAACCAAAGUACAACAGAUAUCCAGGCUUAAGAGAAGCAUUGACUAGCAAUUUCAUUCAGUUCUUAAAAGAUUGUAUUUUACCCACUAAUUUUUUUGUCAAAGACAUAAUUAACGCAGAAGUUACAUAUAUUAACACUGCUCAUCCAGACUUAUUAAAGGGCAGUGAUGCUAUGUCUAUGGUUCAGGAAAAGUUAAAUCCAAAGGUUGUUAUUGAUCCCAAAACGGGGAAACCAGUCCAAACACAAACACAAAAAUCGUUACCACCCAGUGACUCUAAUAAAUCCAAUGGGUUCUUUGGCGGCUUUUUUUCCACCAAAAACAAGAAGAAAUUGGCUUCUUUGGAUAGUCCACCACCAGUGUUGAAAGCCACUGGACAGAUGACUGAGAGAGAAACUAUUGAAACUGAAGUGAUCAAACUAUUAAUUGACAGUUAUUUUAGUAUUGUUAAGAAGACUGUUGCCGAUAUCAUUCCAAAGGCUAUUAUGUUGAAAUUGAUUGUAAAAAGUAAAAACGAUAUUCAAAGGGUUUUAUUGGAAAAGUUGUAUGAUAAUCCAAAUGUUACCGAUUUAACAAAGGAAAAUGAUAUUACAAUUCAAAGAAGAAAAGAAUGUAAGAAAAUGGUCGAAGUUUUGGAAAAUGCUAACGAAAUCGUCUCUUCCAUUUGA